AUGGUUCAGAAAAAAGUACAGUUCCUGGAGAGAGUUGUGUCGUGGGGGUCCGGUGGGGUUUACAGGCGCAUUCGGGGAGCACCCUGUCUCAGGAGUUGGCCCGCCGCGCCCCGAAGGCGGCCCCCGCCCUGCUCGAGUCUCGCGGCCUCAGGGGCCAAGGGGCGCGCGGCGGGCUGGGGGCGGGGAAGGCGCGGGGACAAAGGCCGCGGCUACCGCGCUGGGCUGGGCGGGUGCAGCGGCGAACUCCCGCGGGGGUGCCGGGACUCUGCCAGCCCGGGCCCUGGCCGCCGCACGCCCGCGUCCCGAGGAGCCAGCGCCGCAAUGGAGCGCCCGGGGGCGCAGUCCAGGCCCGAGCGGGCCGAGCCCGCCGGCACGCCGCCCGCACCGCCCCCUCCCCCGCCUCCGCCCCCUCCCUCCCUCUCCGUGGCAGCCGCGGCUACUCAGUGCGCGGCGAACAUGGCGGCGGCGGCGGCGGUCGGGCGGGACACUUUACCUGAGCACUGGUCCUACGGCGUGUGCCGGGACGGCCGCGUCUUCUUCAUCAACGACCAGCUCCGCUGCACGACCUGGCUACACCCGCGCACCGGGGAACCCGUCAACUCCGGCCACAUGAUCCGCUCAGACCUGCCCCGCGGCUGGGAGGAGGGCUUCACGGAGGAGGGCGCCAGUUACUUCAUCGACCAUAACCAGCAGACCACAGCCUUCAGGCAUCCUGUGAGUGGGCAGUUUUCUCCGGAAAAUAGCGAAUUUAUUCUUCAAGAAGAGCCAAAUCCACAUAUGUCGAAGCAAGAGAGAAACCAAAGACCGUCCAGCAUGGUCAGUGAAACGUCCACGGCCGGGACCACUUCUACCGUGGAGGCCAAGCCUGGCCCCAAGAUCAUAAAGUCCAGCAGUAAAGUCCACAGCUUUGGAAAGAGGGACCAGGCCAUUCGGAGGAACCCCAAUGUUCCGGUGGUGGUGAGGGGCUGGUUGCACAAGCAGGACAGUUCUGGGAUGAGGCUGUGGAAGAGGAGGUGGUUUGUGCUUGCUGAUUAUUGCUUGUUUUACUAUAAAGACAGCCGAGAAGAAGUGGUCCUGGGGAGCAUUCCUCUGCCCAGCUACGUGAUCUCAGCAGUGGCCCCCGAGGAUCGCAUAAGUCGCAAGUAUUCCUUUAAGGCCGUGCACAUGGGGAUGCGAGCACUCAUCUAUAAUAGCUCCACCAGGGGCUCUCAGGCCGAGCAGUCAGGCAUGAGGACCUACUACUUCAGUGCCGACACCCAGGAGGAUAUGAACUCUUGGGUCAGGGCCAUGAACCAGGCUGCACAGGUGCUAUCUCGAUCGUCACUGAAGAGGGACAUGGAGAAGGUGGAGCGGCAGGCGGUCCCCCAGGCCAACCACACAGAGUCCUGUCGAGAAUGUGGCCGCAUGGGACCCGGACAUGCAAGGGAUUGUUCUCAUCGCAACCACGAAGAUUCCUUUGGAUUCGAGAGGCGGGAGCAGGGGGAAGACCGGUACCGCUCCCAGAGGGACCCACUGGAGGGCAAGCGGGACAGGAGCAAGGCCAGGUCCCCAUACUCGCCAGCCGAAGAGGAUGCCUUGUUCGUGGAUUUACCCUGUGGCCCGAGAGGCCAGCAGGCUCAGCCCCAAAGGUCAGAGAGGAACGGUGCGCUGCCUGGCACAUCUGGCCCAGGAGAACAGAACGGGACUGGCGGGUACCAGCGGGCCUUUACUUCCAGGACCAACCCUGAGAAGCACAGCCAGAGGAAGAGCAGCCUGGCGCACGUGGAGCAGUGGGCAAAGGCCCAGAAGGCGGACAGCAGGAGCCUGCCCCUGGACCAGACCCUUCCUCGCCAGGGUCCCAGCCAAUCCCUGUCCUUUCCAGAAAACUACCAGACUCUUCCCAAAAGCAGCCGACACCCCUCAGGGGGCUCUUCACCCCCUCCCCGCAACCUGCCAAGUGACUACAAGUACGCGCAGGACCGAGCCAGCCACCUGAAGAUGUCGAGUGAGGAGCGCCGGGCACACCGGGACGGCACCGUGUGGCAGCUCUACGAGUGGCAGCAGCGCCAGCAGUUCCGGCACGGCAGCCCCACGGCGCCCAUCUGUGCCGGCUCCCCAGAGUUCACCGACCAGGGCCGGAGCAGGAGCAUGUUAGAGGUGCCCCGCUCCAUCUCUGUGCCUCCAUCUCCCUCGGACAUCCCUCCCCUGGGACCCCUGAGGGCCUUCCCACCCCGGCGGCCACACACGCCAGCAGAGAGGGUCACUGUGAAGCCACCGGACCAGAGAAGGAGUGUGGACAUCUCGCUGAGCGGUUCUCCCAGGAAGGCGUGGGCCCACACCACCAAGAACUCCUCUCAUGUGGACCGACGCUCCAUGCCCUCCAUGGGUUACAUGACCCACACUGUCAGUGCUCCCAGUUUACAUGGAAAAUCGCUGGAGGAGCUCUCACUGCUUCUCACCCGGUUACGGCGGCACCAGGCCAAGUUGGCCAGGGUGAGAAAUUUCGCCAUCAGCCAGUUACUGCAGCAUGAGCUGACCUUCCCCACCUGCCAGGCUGACGAUACCUACCUCCAGCUGAAGAAAGACCUGGAGUACCUGGACCUAAAGAUGACAGGCCGGGAUCUUCUCAAGGACCGAAGUCUGAAGCCAGUGAAGAUUGCCGAGAGUGACAUUGACGUUAAACUGAGCGUCUUCUGUGAACAAGACAGGAUCCUCCAGGACUUGGAAGACAAGAUACGAGCCCUUAAGGAGAACAAAGAUCAGCUGGAAUCCGUGCUGGAGGUGUUGCACAGACAGAUGGAGCAGUACCGAGACCAGCCCCAGCACCUGGAGAAGAUUGCCUACCAGCAGAGGCUGCUGCAGGAGGACCUUGUCCACAUCCGAGCAGAGCUCUCCAGAGAGUCCACUGAGAUGGAAAAUGCCUGGAAUGAAUACCUGAAGUUAGAGAGAGAUGUGGAGCAGCUGAAGCAGACCCUGCAGGAGCAACACAGAAGAGCCUUUUUUUUCCAGGUGACCCAAGGGUUCUUCAUCCCUUCUGAGCUCUGA